AUGGCCUCGUCUGCAUCGGCCAAUAUUGGUGCAACCAUGACGUCUCGAAAUAGCGCUUCGGCAGAUCAGCGCUACUCGGCGCAUCAGUCCUUCCUGCCAACCGCAGAAUCCACAAACAGCCUCGAUACCCCCUUCUCCUCUCACUUCGAACGUGCUGCCUCGUCUGAUCAUCCCGGCAUGACGUCCUUCGCCUCCGCGUCUUCGGCGUUGGCAGAUACAUCUUACGCGGACAACGAAGACGAGUACGGUAUGCAGCCCGAGGAGCACGUUGUGGCUCUUCAUGACUUCAACUCCAACAACGCAACCUGCCUCUCAUUUCAAGCGGGCCAGGUCAUCAAGGUCUAUAACCGUGAUCCGUCCGGAUGGUGGGAUGGCGAGCUCGACGGCCAGCGCGGCUGGUUUCCCAGCAACUACGUAGAUCAGGAGGCUGUCUACGUUUCCGACGAAGCUCAGAACGACAGCUAUUCGUACGAUGACAACCAUCAACUCCGCAACUCGACCACCAGCCAGACUUCGUCCGAUUUCGACCAUGCUGCCGACUACCGCUCCAUGGCCCCCACCGCACCCCAUCAGGAACGCUACUUCUCGGCAAACUCGACCCGUUCUCCGACCCCCACAUCGAGCGCCCUUCUCGACCGUGGUGAUGGUGGCGUCCUUGAUCCCAUCCUUCACGCCAUCUCGCUGCUCAGGAAUGCGGUUCGAGCCAACCGUGUCGCCCAUUUUCAGCCAUCCACAGCAUGCGUCAUCUCUUCCGUCCGGUCCGUCCUCUCGGCUACCGAUUGCCUCACGCGUGAGUCGGCGGUGCUCAAGGCCAAUCCACACCUCGCUCGCGAGCGCAAGGCCAUUCUCUCGGAACUCAGCAAGCUCGUCGCUCAAGCGCGCAGAGCAUCCGCUCCCAUGAUUGAUGAGACGCACAGACAGGCAGAAAUGGAUUCCAUGCUUUCCCUUGCCGAGUCCGUGCUCGCCAACGUGCGCAACUUCAUCACAGUCGCGCUCGAAUGUGGCCUCCCUGUGCCCAACCGUCGUUCAUCGGUCUACGACGAUCUCUACGCAAAGAGCAACACGUCUCAACCCGAUAGUCGUCUGCGUGCUGCUGGCAGACAGCAGGAGCUUGACAAGACACCAACUCCGGGCUGUUCACAAAUUCACGAUGUCGAUACAAGAAGCCACGGUUCCUAUGCAUCGGCUCGCCAGCUGCAGUACGACGAUCACUACAACAGCACUUCCUCGCAUGCAGAUCCGCGCCGUGCAAAUGCACAGCAUCGACAUCCCUCGGAUGGCUCGGUCGAAUCUUCUGAUGGCGGUGCCCAGGCCAUUGCACAAGCACGCUCUAUGACACAGCGUCAGCUUGACGGCGGAGGGCGCUCCGAAGGGGUGGCUGCUACCUUCGCCCAGCAUCUUGGCAUGGCACGCUCGCGCUCGGGCUCGAGCUCUGAAUCACCAGAUUCAACUUCAGGUCACGACACUGGCUCGCAUCACGAUUCCAUAAACUCGGGCGGCGAAGAAGACGGACCGCCAAGUCCGGUUGAGCGCACUGCAUACGAGGUCAUGCAACGCCUCAGCGUUACCAACGACCAGCUGCUCUCCAUCAUCGCUGCCUUUAUCGGCCAUGUACACACCCACACAUCCGAGAGCCAUGCCUCAAGCUACGCCUACCUCAUCGACAUGACGCGUGAGGCCGUCGUUGGUGUUCGUAAUCUCCUGCUUGUUGUCGAAGCGGUCAACAACAACGUCGUGCUCCAGCAGAUCAGGCCACGCGAGACCUCAAUCCUAUGGGAGACACGCGAAAACUUGUACGAAGCAACCACACAACUCGUCACUGCUGCACGCGUCGUCACUUCGGCUCCGUCUGCCUCCAUCACGGCCGGAUCGGUGGCAGAGGCAGAGGACAAAUCGCGACUGCUGCAGGCGGCUACGAGCGUAUUGCGAACGGGCGGUGAAUGUGUCGGAGCUGUGCGACUCUGCAUUGACCGUCUCGAUCCUGCAUUCACUAUCGCGCUGCCGGAGCCAUCGCGGGCUCGUCACGCGCAUACCAGUGGGCAAGCGCAGAGCUCUACAGAACGCGAUCAGGGUAACGAGGAAGACCAGCAACGAGAGGAUCUCAAUGAUAGUCCCGAUCUCCCCAGCUCGGUGCGAGACAUUCGCAGGAAGAACACGCUCUCUUUUCUCGGUCGCAAAGCGACUAGCCUGUCUCUGCUCAAGCAAAACUACGAACGCGACGAGAAUCGCUCUGCAUUUGAUGACAUCGAUGAGCACGAGCGUGACGAGGAAGACUUGCGCUCCAUGCAGCACGUUCGGCACCCACCCAUCGCUGCGAUGAACCGAUCUUCUUCCCUGCAGACGUCGGCUGGUGAUCACGCCGAUCGCAAUGCGCAGUACGCACAGGCUCGCAAAGUAGACGAGCGAGCUAUUGAACCCAAGAGCGCUUCGCUUGCUAGCAGCAGCGGCACUGGCACUAGCACUGGCACUGGCAUCGGCUCGUCUGGUUUGCGGGAUGCGGCAAGGGCAUCUCGAUCCACCAUUCAAUCGCUUCGUUCCGAGGUCACAGGGGAAACCUCGGCUCGUCCAUCGUUCGAGCAGCAGCAGCUGGCCGCAGCCGGAAUUGCCGACGCACAUACGACUGCCCAGACGGCUGCUAAGCAGCUGGCCGGGGGCGUUAUCGAUCGUCAGUCGACCUACAGGGAACAAAGGCCUGCGCCCGUAUCGAUCGAGUCGCGUUACAUGGCGCCCGACUAUGACCCUUCGGACGUGGUCUGCAACUCGGAAGGCCAAGUUACUGGCGCCACGCUCAAGGCGCUUGUGGAAAAGAUGACACCACACGACACCAUGAUCGAAGCCACCUUCUCGACCGCCUUCUUCCUGUGUUUCAGGAUGUUUACCUCACCGCAAGAGCUACUCGAAACGCUUGUGGCUCGCUUCGAAAUGUCGCCACCAGCUGAGGUUCCCAUGAGCGAGGCUGACAUGGUACGCUGGAAUGACAAGAAACUUGUGCCUGUUCGGCUACGAGUGCUUAAUCUCUUUAAAAGCUGGCUCGAGAACAACUGGAACCCAACGACGGACCGCGUCAUUCUGCAGCAGCUCAUUUCGUUGGCUGAGCGAUGGGCUAGCGCAGGCGCCAUUGCUGGACCUGCGCAUCGACUCGCCGAGUUGGCACGUAGGCGCCUGGACGGAGCUACGCAGAAGACAACCGUCUUGGUGGGCAACAGUCGUGGUCCCGGCAGCCUGCAGCGAGUCAUUUCUUCGGAGCGUAUGAAAGGUGGACUCGGGCUCACGAUGACUGAUGCCUCGCAAAUGUACGCACCAUCGGCCUUUUCGCGAGGUGGUGCGUUGCCACCGACAUCGGUGGUGUCCAAAACGCUUCUCUCGAACCUGCGCAACGGAAACGUGGACAAGAUUCACCUACUCGAUUUUGAUCCUCUCGAGCUCGCUCGUCAGCUGACCAUCUUGGACAGCAAACUGUAUUGUGCCAUCCAGCCCGAGGAGCUGCUUGGCUCGAAAUUCACCAAAGAGACCAAGGCUUCGGGUGUCACUGAAGAUGUCCACGUCAAGAGCAUGUCGUCCAUGUCGACGAGGAUCACGGGCUGGAUCAGCGAGUGUAUUCUAGGCGAGUCGGACGCGAGAAAGAGGACGCAACUGCUCAAAUUUUUCAUCAAACUCGGUGACAGGUGUGAGCAGCUCAACAACUUUCACACCCUCAUGGCGAUCCAGUGUGCGCUCAACUCGUCGACGAUCGCUCGACUGAAAAAGACGUGGGACGGCUUGUCGACCAAGUACCGCGGCAUGAUGGACCAGCAGCGAAGUGCGGUCGAGCAUACACGCAACUAUGCUGCUUACCGAGCGCGUCUUCGCAACACGACGCCACCCGCGAUCCCGUUCCUGGGUCUCUUUCUGACAGACCUCACUUUCUGUCAUGAAGGCAACGCGGCUACGCGACCUUGCCCGUCGAAUGCGGAGAAGAAGCUGCUGAACUUUGACAAGUAUAUCAAGAUUAGCCGCAUCGUAGGCGAGGUGCAGCGCUUCCAGGUACCUUAUAAUUUGGUCGAAGUGCCCGAGAUGCAACAGUUCCUCAAAGGCGCGCUCGAGGACGUGCAAGGUGCACAAGGAGGUCGUGGUGCUGAUGAUCUGUACCGCCGCAGCCUGCUCCUGGAGCCACGUGCAGGUAGCAAAGCCAGUGGAACGUCCGCUUCAGCAGCGGUCAGCGGUUCGGGAAUGGCAGGGUCAACGGGGAGCCUAGCGAUGCGUCAGAGCAGCAGUGGCGUAGCAUCCGAGAAUGGCAAGCUUGCGGGGCUUGAUAUCUUCAACUGGCGCACCGACAAGGCCGGAUAG